AUUUAUAAAACUUUUGUGGCUUUUAGGAAUGAUUUUGCAGACCUUUUUGACAUUGUGAUUACAAAUGCAUUGAAGCCUGGUUUCUUCUCCCACUUACCAAAUCAGAGACCUUUCCGGACACUCGAGAAUGAUGAGGAACAGGAGGCACUGCCAUCUCUAGAUAAACCUGGCUGGUACUCCCAAGGAAACGCUGUCCACCUGUAUGAACUUCUGAAGAAAAUGACUGGCAAACCUGAACCCAAGGUUGUUUAUUUUGGUGACAGCAUGCAUUCAGAUAUUUUCCCAGCUCGUCACUAUAGUAAUUGGGAGACAGUCCUCAUCCUGGAAGAACUCAGAGGGGAUGAAGGCGCAAGGAGGAAGAGGCCUGAGGAGUCGGAGCCUCUAGAGAAGAAAGGAAAAUAUGAGGGACCAAAGGCAAAGCCUCUAAAUACUUCAUCUAAAAAAUGGGGCUCUUUUUUUAUUGAUUCAGUUUUGGGACUGGAAAAUACAGAAGACUCCUUGGUUUAUACAUGGUCUUGUAAGAGAAUCAGUACUUACAGCACUAUUGCAAUUCCAAGUAUUGAAGCAAUCGCAGAAUUACCUCUGGACUACAAAUUUACAAGAUUCUCUUCAAGCAAUUCCAAAACAGCUGGCUACUAUCCAAACCCUCCAUUGGUCUUAUCAAGUGAUGACACACUGAUAACCAAAUAAGUUGUCUUUACUGAAAAAUGAAGUGAAGACCCAUAUAUGCAGUUUUAAAAAAAAGUUAAUUUUCAAAAAUUACUGUAAAAGGCUUUAAGGAACGAGUUUUUAAUGAAAAUUGACCAAGAAGUUGAUAUUUGUCCAUAGAUCUCCUUUCUAUAAAUCAUCUUGAUGUCUAGCAACUCUUACUGUAUUAAAAUAUCAGUAUCCUAGAACUUA